CAUAGCACAAAAUCUUGGUGUCUUAAACCAAUAGACUAUAUACUGUCUGUAAUUGAGUAUCGCAUUUGCAGUAAUGCGAUUUACAGUGUAUAAAUGUACUAGCUUUGUCGGCUCGCAUGUCUUCCCAUCUCACCAAACCCCGUCGACGGUGACUCCAAUAGUCAUUCGCUCGCCGCCGCUCCUAAUCCUCACCAUCAUCACGUGCAAUUAACCAACCCUCUCCAACCAAUCCCCGCCGGAAUUACAAGAAAGCCCCUCCUCCUCUUGCUUCCCGUUCCCCCUCCUCUCCGUCGUUCAUGGUGCUGGUGGCCGUCGACCGCCACCUCCGCCGAGGGGGCCUCUAAUGGCGCAGUUCAGGCAGCAGUACGGCGGCGGCUUCUCCGACUCCCGCGGCCACCACCACCAGGCGCUCCCGGACUGGCACCGGCCCCACCACGCCUCCGCCAAGCCCACCUCCCGGAUCCGCCGCCCCGGGAAGCCCGCCCCGCGCCGCCGCUCGCCGGCCGCCGCCGCCGCCGUCGCCGCCGCGCUCCUCCUCCUCGCCGCCGUCUUCCUCCUCUCGCGCCGCAUCUCGCGCAGCCCCGCAGAGAUCAGCCAAGAUUCGAGCGCCGGGGAGGCGUUGCCGGAGUGGAACCAGAGUAAGAGCUGGAAGGAGCUCAAGUUCGGGCACGGCGGGGGCGGCCGGAGUGCGCGGGACUCCAGGUACUGGGACAGGGAUGAUAGGCGCCGCGAUGAGGACUACACGGAGGACGAGAAGGAGAAGAUCUCGGGUGGAAGUGGGACCUCCGCCGAUGCUGGCGGCAGCGGCGAUAAAGGUACCACCUCUGAGGCAGGUGGCGAGGAUAAAGGGUUGACUCUAGAGACUGGCGGUGGCGCUAAGGAUGUUCCAGAGGCGUCUGAAGGUGGGAAAGGAGGGACCCUGUACAAUGAGGGUGGCAGGAAGGAGUUGGAGCAGUAUGAGGCUGCAGCCAUGGGAGGCACAGGGACAGGGGUGAGGGAGGUUGAUCCAGAUGAUGAGUAUGAUGAUGGCAUCGAUGCGCAGGAUGAUUUGGAGGAUGCUCACCUGCAUUCAUCUGAUGGUGGGAGGAAGCUUGGUGGUGGCAGCCAUGAGGGUGCUGAGAAGGACGAGGUCGCCACUGAGAGGCACACAGAAGCAGGUGGAGGGAGCACUGAUAGUCAUCAUGAUAUUAGUAGCCCAGACAAAAAGAAGGUUUCAGGUACUGGAGAUAAGAAGCGUGUGUCCAAGAAGAAACCGAAACGUAAGAAGUCUGGUUCAACUUGUGAAAUGAAGUUUCUCAAUUCAACUGCUCAACUUGUGGAGCCUGCGAGAAAUGAGAAAUUCUCUAGUUUUAAUUUGGAGUAUGUAGAAGUUGAAGAAAGACCUGUUGGAUCAGAAUAUUGGGAACCGAGAUUUGCCGGCCACCAAAGUCUGCAAGAAAGAGAGGAGUCAUACAAAGCUCAUGACCAACAGUUGAAAUGUGCUUUUGUUAAGGGUCCAAAUGGUACAAGCACUGGUUUUGAUAUAUCUGAUGAUGACCGAAAGUACAUGAGUAAAUGCCACAUUGCUGUAUCAUCCUGCAUCUUUGGGAAUUCUGAUCGACUGAGGACCCCAUUUGGCAAAACGAUUACAAGCCUUUCAAAGAAGACAGUUUGCUUUGCUAUGUUUUUGGAUGAAGUGACAUUGCAAACAUUAGAAUCUGAAGGCCAGAAAAUGGACAGCAUGGGUUUCAUUGGUAUAUGGAAGAUCAUAUUGAUUAAGAAUAUGCCAUAUAAUGACAUGCGUAGAGUAGGGAAAAUACCAAAAUUUUUGGCACACAGGCUAUUCCCAUCAUCGAGGUUCUCAAUCUGGUUAGACAGCAAACUGAGACUACAAACUGAUCCAAUUCUUAUCCUAGAGUAUUUUCUCUGGCGGCAUGGUUAUGAAUAUGCUAUUUCCAAUCACUAUGAUCGGCAUUGCGUUUGGGAGGAAGUAGCACAAAAUAAAAAGCUGAACAAGUUCAAUCAUACAAUAAUUGAUCAGCAAUUUGAGUUUUACCAAGCAGAUGGACUGACAAGGUUCAACCCAUCAGAUCCCAACAAGCUGCUACCAAGCUAUGUCCCUGAAGGCUCUUUCAUCGUGAGAGAACACACACCGAUGUCCAACUUAUUCUCUUGCCUGUGGUACAAUGAGGUUGAUCGGUUCACACCCCGUGACCAACUCAGCUUUGCAUAUACUUACUUGAAACUAAGGAGGAUAAAUCCUGACAAACCAUUUCGUCUCAAUAUGUUUAAGGAUUGUGAGAGGCGAUCAAUAGCGAAGCUAUUCCAUCAUCGAUCAGAAGAGAGACACAGUGGUGCACAACUAACAAGAUGACACACCCUUCCAAGUGAUGGGGGGCAGAAGAGAGAGAGAUCAGGGAUUGUAUUUUUGAUAUAGCUCAGCUAUCCACAAGACUGUCUAUUGAAACUUUAUGACCCUGCCAAGGUGUUUAUACUUUAUAUACUGCAAGCCAUCUUACACUUGUCACUCUCCAUCCAGUCCUGCAGGCCAGUUCCCGCCUUUCAUUUUUUGCAGUUGACAUAGGCGGAUUAGGAGUUAGCUGUUUGGUUUUUCAUUGUUCUCCGUAAAGCUCUGUUUAUUCUUUGUCUUUGGAUAAUAUGGCCCAUGGAUGUCUGGGGAAGCAGGGCAUGGACUUCCCAGAUUGUCCAUGCACAAUGUAUUAUUAUUACCACACCACUGUAGGACGGUGUAGUGAGGCCAUGAUUCUCCUGCAAUUCUCUGUGGUCUUACUGAAAUGUACCAUACAAUAGAAAACUGCAGUAUGGAAUUUCCUCCAGGAUAGAGCCGAUUUUUGGUCUGAUUUUUUGAAAAUUUCAACCCUCGUGUACAUUUGAUUUCUGAAGCUCUUUUCAUUGAACAGCCUUAUGUAUGUAAGAAGUAUAAAACAUGGGAUCUGUGUUUACCUAAGUAGUAGCAUUGAAUUGCCAAUUUAUUCUCA